AUGCUAAGGGCCGCGAAAAAUGGGUCUACAACCCGCCUCUCGCGGAGCAUAGCUCGACCUCGACCUCCCAAAGUGCCCCGCCUUACCAUCCCGCACGCGCAAUGGUCCAAAUCAUACGCGACCUCCUCCGAGUCCUCGACAGGAUCACCUGGUCUGCGGAUGCGUGUCUCCACUCUUUUCACUAUCCUUCUCGGAGUCGGAAUUGCCGCCACAUCAUAUGGGAUCUAUGACUUUUACGCGACUUUUACCAUGUGGCCCAAGGAGGUGCGCGAAGACUUGCGCGCAGGGAUCAAAGCGAAGCAUCAGGGCGAGCUGGACUUGAGCGAGAGGUAUCUCCGACGAGCAUGGCAGACCGCACGAGAGCUCCCCAUCACCGCCUUCUCCCAAGAGCCCUAUCUCAAGCUGAGCGGCAUCGCCAUUGUUCUCGCGGAGGUCCUCGAGUCCACCAACCGGCCGGAACAGGCGUACGAGACCUACAGCACCGCACUCGCCCUCCUUCGCGCUGCCGAAGCCCAGCCGCAGACACAACUGUCCGGCCGUGAGCGCAUGCGCACCGUCGCGCUUGCGCACAAGCUCGGGGAGAUGGCGGAGGUCUAUCAGCGCGAGCCCGAAGAAGUCGAGCACUUCCUCACGUUCGCCGUCGAGGAAGCGCUGCGCAUGCUGAAGGACGCCGGCGGGGUGGACGUCAAGGGUAAGCAGAAGGCGGGCGCGGGAGAAGACGCGACUGUCAUGCUGGCGGAGCUGGAGAUGCCGUGGUGGGUGCGGAAGGUGGACGUCGCUGCGCCGUUGGAGGCUCUGGGACGAUUCUACGCGAGAGAGAACAAGCCCCAAUACGCGACGACGCUGUAUUUGCAGACGGUCGGCCUGCUGAUGCAGCCUUCUCCGGGGGAGAAAGAGGCGAACGUCGAAGACCGAUGCCGAGCGGCUCAGGUCAUGAACAACCUGUCUGACAUUAUGUCGCGAGGACCGCCGCCCUCCAACAUUCAUAACGCGGAAGCAUGGGCGCGGAAAGCACAAGACGUCAUUGAAAAGACACGAACAAUGUCUGGUGCCCGGAGGAACCCGGAAGCCAUGAUGCUCUGUGAACAAACGUACGCCGCUGUAUUGUUCAACUUGGGUGCGCUCCUAGAAAUGUCCGGGCAGCUGGAAGACGCGAAGAAGUCAUUUGAAGAGACAGUGGCACACUCGAAGAAGAUCGGGUUGCGCACGGGCUUGAUGGAGGCCCGCGCGGCAUUGCGUAGGGUGGAGCGGGCGCAGACAAGAACUGGACGGGAGUCCCGGAGUACCACUUAG